AUGGCUGUCGUUCUUCCUUCCGACGACAACGGUUACUUUACCGGGUCCGGUCUGCGACGCUCACAUUCUCACUCUAACUUUAUCCCAUCAAAUUCGUCAUUCUCUGCUUCUUCUCACCUGAGCGAUCAUUACAAGCCUGUCUCAAAAUCAUACGCCGAAUCCAACUCAUCAUCGGCUCCCUCAUCUCCCCGUACCGUUCACGCCGACUCGGUCGAUCUUUCUUACGCAUCAACACCUGCCACCAACCUCUCUAUUGCCUCCGACUACGACGACGCCAUUGGACUCGCCGGAUCACCCGAGGACCAUUUCAUGUUUCCAUCCUUCGCCCAGGAGAAAUUCUACGUCCACCCAGAGAUUCGUUCCGAAAUCCACCACGAUGACAACUUAGAACCACCCCCUAGUCCCCGAACGGGUGACUCUUACACAGUCUCUCCUGCCGAGCAUGAGAACCCUGAAGAGAGCUCUGAAGACACAUCAAGGCCCGAAACACCAGAACACGAAAAGUCUGAGCAUGCUGAGGACGACACUGCUGUCUCAAGUAGGCCUUCCCGUCAAGUUGAUUACCUAUCCCAUGAGUGGAGAGAGGAGGAUAUCUGGUCAUCUUGGCGAUACGUCGUUACCCGUCGGGGAGAGUUUCCCAAUAGCGCUCGAUUGGAGAACGCUUCUUGGAGAACAUGGAUGAAGGCCAAGAAUAACCUCAAGACCAUUUCUCCCGAAUCGCUCAACUGGCUCAAGGACUGCGAUGUCACCUGGCUUUAUGGCCCCUUACAAUCCGGACCCAAGAACAUUCACUCAACCCAUACGGAGCCAUCAAGUGUGUCUCUGUCCAAGUGUGACUCGUUUGUCAACCUUAGCAAGAAGCCCAUCCUCAAGAAGAGAAGCAUGUCUGAAGUCAUGCUCCAGCGAUCGCUGUCAACGGCUUCAUUAUUGAAGCAAGCUACAGCGGCUGUAAAGGCCCAAGAGACACGGGGUAUCCUCCGACCCCACCUCGGCCGUUCUUCUACAGAUUACUUUGCCUACCCAUUCGCAUCACGUCGGAUGAGUGGAGAAAGCAGCAGCGCCGUCCUCUCGGUAGAGUCAUCCGGAAUCAUUUCCCCCAGUUCUGAACGAAAGCAUAUUCAUUUCAAUGAGCAAGUCGAGCAGUGCAUUGCUCUCGAAGCUAAGGGCGAAGAGGAAGAGGAAGAAGAUGUUGUUGACUACGGCUCUGAUAGUGACUCGGAUGACGGUGUUAUGAUGAAACGAGUCAAGACAAAGAAGCGACCUAUCUCCCGACGCAAGACCUUGAAGCCAAAACCCACAGCUGAGGGGAAAACAAUUGCUAAAUUGCCAUCUACCACCCUCAAAUACCGCGAAGACACUCCUGAGCCGCGAGAGACCGCCAUGAAACACUCCCGAAGCCCUCUCAUGUCACCUUCUUCUUCACAAGAGACCUUGAAGCCAGCUAAACAGUCCGGCAAGUUCUUUUUCGGAGAAGAGGACCAUGAAGACACCCUCGACGAUGCGCUGUUAAGCCCCCGCUCAGGGUGGGCGUCCCCCCCUCGCGAGGGUAUCAAUGGCGGUCUAAACAGAUCCAUCUCGUCGGGCAGUCUUUGCGAGGAACCUGCGGGCAUGCGACGCACGCCAUCCGGUAUGUUUAUGCCUUACGAGGAAGGCGAACUGCAGUCUGGGGAUGGCAUCUUUGGCCGUGUUAUUGACACCGUCAAUACUGCUCGCGAUAUUGCCCACGUUAUAUGGAACGUUGGGUGGAGGAAGUAA